UAGAUUUUAUGACAUAUUUAGGAGUAAUGAACGGAAACUGAAAAUCAUGAAAAAUUAUUCUUAACCAUUAGUAUAUUUAUUGAGCGAACCUUAAAAGGACAUAGCGUAGCCCAUAGGCCCACAUACAUUCAUGUGCAGGACAUCAUAGUCAUGUCAUGCACCGCGGAUCUAAGGCGUGCAACGUUAAGUCGAUUUGUGAAUCUAGUACUGUUCUACACUUAUCAGACGCACUUGCAAAAACCGCCACUGAUAAGACCGUCUUCCAAGUAGAUGCCUAAACGCAAAACAAAAAAGCAACGCUUUGGCAAUAUGCAUCCGUCUGAUUCGCAAAUGUGUGACGUCGUGCAUAGACAUAUAUGUCUAUGACGUCGUGUACUCAUCCUGUCUUUUCGCUAGUCACGUGUUCUCGUCUGAGUUGUCCGUCGUCCAGAUUCUCCUGCCAGUCAAAACCAGAGAACACGGGAGUUGUAUUGAUGUUUACUGAUAACUAGCAGGCGCCUGUGUAGUAUAUGAGGAUCACGAGAAGAAGGAAGAAAAGCAAAAAAAGUUAAUUAAAAUUGGCGUCUUUGCAUGGUUGCGUUCUGGUUGCGGUCACACUGUCGGGAUGAGGAUCCGGCUCCAGGGCACGGGCCACGGGGCGAACCUCCUCGCCGAGCUGAACCGCUGCCGGCUGUCCAGCUCCCUGUGCGACGUGGUGCUGCGCGUGGGCGGGCGCUCCUUCCCCGCCCACCGCGUGGUGCUGGCCUGCGCCGCCUCCUACUUCCGGAGCCUGUUCUCAGCGGGCGCCCGGCCCGCCAGCACGGUCACCCUGGACUUCGUGGCCCCCGCCAACUUCGAGAAAGUGCUGACCUUCAUCUACACGGCGGAGAUUUUCACCGACCUGAUCAACGUGGGCGUGCUGUACGAGCUGGCCGAGCGGCUGGGGGUGAGGGAGCUGGUGCGCGCCUGCCACGCCACUUUCCCCGACCUGCGGGGGUCCGGGCCCGGGGAACAGGAGGCCGACGGGGACCCUGAACUGGGCCUCACCCCUACCCCCGUGGGGCCCGCUUCAGUGUGCUCGUCCUCGGCGGCCUCGUCUUCCUCCUCGUCCUCUUCCUCGGGCUACUCCACCGCGGCGCCCACCCCGGCCGCCCCUCUCCCUGCGCUCCCCAAGGACGGGAGCCGUUUCCACGUGCCCUCCCCUUACCUGUCCCCCUCCCCCUCCGCGCCCCCGCUCUCCCAGCCCCCCAAGGCGGAGGACGCGGGCUCGCUCUCCGAGUACGGCCGGGCGGCCGACGGGAAGCGCCCAGAGCAGAGCCCGUCGGACUGCGGCCCCCCGAGGGCCGCGGACUCCCUCCUGAACCCCCCCCUGCAGCUGAAGACCGAGGAGGUGGAGGAAGGAGAGGACUCGGCCGAGAGGGAGGGCGAGCAGGACGCAGCGACGGGGCAGGAGUCUGGGCCCACCCAGCCGUGCGCCGGCGACGCGUACUCUUACCCGGACUCUUCGGCCCAACUGGGAGGCGAGCUCUGCGCCCCUUCCUCGUCGUCCGGGGACCCCCUGGAAGGCCUGCAGAUGGGACCGGCGGAGGAGAGGCUGGGCAUGGAGGAGGGGGACGUGCUCUUUGAGGAGGACGAAGAGGUCAUAGGAGAAGAAAGGCCCGUGCUGGUGGGCGGAACGGGGGUAGGCGAUGGCGGCGCGAUGACGAUGGAGGAGAUCAUCGAGCUGAGCGACGACGAGGCCAACUACAUCGGGGAGGAGGAGGAGGAGGACGAAGACCUGGUGUGCCUGGAGGGCGGGAGCCGGAGCUGGGCCACGUGCAGGGCCUGCGGGGAGACGCUGCCGGCCGACGCGGCCGCCGUCCGAGCCCACGCCGAGACGCACCUGUCCGAGACCGGGGCCUGCCGCGUGUGCGGAGCCGGCUUCGCCGACCGAGCCGCCCGCGUCACGCACGCCCUCACGCACGUGGGCAUCCUGCUCUUCUCCUGCGACAUGUGCCGCCUGCAGUUCUGCAGCCAGGCCAGGCUCAACCGGCACCGCCGGCAGGCCAUCGCCGGGGCUCAGCAGCCUCAGCCCGGGCAGCUCAACAGCACCUCCUGGGGGCCCGGAGGGGAACUGCGCUGUGCCGUUUGUGGGAAACUACUUGCCAAGGACUUCCAGGCUGUGAGGGAUCACCUCCUGGCCCACGUGUGUGUGCAGUCGCUGCGGUGCGGGGUGUGUCAGCACCCCCAGCCCUCGCUGUGCGCCCUGCUCUGGCACGCCCUCACGCACCUCUCCCUGCCCAUCUACUCCUGCCCCCGCUGCGCCUGCAGCUUCCUGGAGCGCCCCCUGAUGGAGAGGCACCUGGCGCUGCACACCGGGGAGGACGGGCCGGGGCCGGGGGCGGAGCCGGUCGCCCUGGGCGACGGCGCGGAGGAGCUGCGCUGCUUCCUGUGCCCGCAGGUCUUCCACUCGGCCUCCGCCUUCCAGUACCACCUGAGCCAGCACGCCGGCAACCUGCAGGUCCGGCCCGGUAACGGCAAGCGCAAGGCCGAGCACUCCCUCGAGUACUCCUCCCCCUCGCCCGGCGAGGCGGGCGGGCCCGGCAGGGCGGGGCACCUGGGGGCGGGGGCGGACGGGUCGCUCGGCCCAGGUCUCCGCGGCGACGGGGUCACCGGGGCGGGCCAGAAGGCCAAGUGGUACCGGUGCCGGUACUGCGGGAAGCCGUUCGCCCACUCGGGCGAGUUCACCUACCACCUGCGCAUCCACACGGGCGAGAAGCCCUACCAGUGCAAGGUGUGCCUGCGCUUCUUCCGCGGCCGCUCCACCAUGAUCUGCCACCUGAAGACGCACGCGGGCGCCCUCAUGUACCGCUGCACCGUCUGCGGCCUCUACUUCUCCACCCUCAAGCUGGUCUCCUCCCACAUGGAGCUGCACAAGGACUGCCUGCCGCCCGACUUCAACAUCGAGCAGACCUUCAUGUACAAUGACCACUCUAAAGAGCCCAUGCCCAGCCUGGACAGCUGAUCGGCUCUGGGGGAACCACGUGCCCCUAUAGCCAAGCACCCCCGCCCAUCCUGUCCGUCCGUGAAUAGGAUUUUUGAAGUUAAUGCCAAGGUGUCGAUUCUCGUUUGGGAAAGCAAACGUUUGGGAAAGCAAAACGAAACCAUGUUUUGGUCCAGUGACGUGUGAUGCUCCGUAUUCCUACGCCUCCGUCAUCUGAACGUGCAAAAGAUCUCUUCUUGCAGUAGGAACAAUGAGCUCUACUUUUGCAUUGUGACAACGGUUACUUGUGUUUAACAGACAAAGGUGUUUCAGUUAACACACGAGUACCACACAGAGCCUAGUGGAUCAGUGUAGCGUCUGCACUAAAGAGAUGCCUAGGAACCAGAAAGGAAAUGUUUGCUCAAAUCUGUUUCCAGCUAUGGAUCAUUAGUGAAAGAUGAGCACUUCCUGCUUCGCAUCCGGGGCCCAGAACCUUUAGAAAUGCUACCUUCUGCAAUUCAAUUUUCCUCAAACUGCAGGACAUUUGCCACGUCACUCCUAUUCCAGAUGCGUAAACUCUUAACGACUGUCAGGAUAAACCUUAUGCUGUCUGUGUGCGUGCGUUUGUCGUGUUCUGAGUAGUAAGUGAUGGUUAUAGCGAUUUCAUGGAGAGUAUUAUUAUUUUAUUUUAAAACUUUUUUACAGUAUCAACACUAUCCAUUUCUGCCACUGGGUGGCAGCAUAGUGAGUGGUUUGUCAUUUUAGAAAAAGAAGAGGUGUCGGAAGUUGACACAGUGGCCCUGUUGGCAUGGUCAAGUUUCAGCUCGGCCUCCAUUUUAACAGGUUUAAGAAAUGCUGAAAGUGUUUGCUUUGACGACAGUAUCCACUGGUCAAAAGGCAUGGCCAGUAGAACAAAUAAUUUUAUUAUAUAUGGAUUAGCCAUGUGCAUUACAGGCAGCUGCAGCUUGGGAGCAUUCAGCCGCAGCAGCAUCCCAAAGUGCUGUGAACUUUUAAUUUUUCUUGAAUGACCGGUUUUGCUUUUUGAAUCUCUCGACUAGUUUAGUUCUCAUUCGGUCAGUUUAUUUUCACUAGUUUAUUCUCUCAGUGGAUGUGGGUGUGUAACAACGGAAAAUGAAUUUGGCCCCGUGUUGGCCCAAAAUGGAGUUUGGCCCCUAUUUCAGCUCUUGGUGGUGGCUGCAGCUGACAGCUCAUAGGUUAAGUACUGUUCCUUCAUCAUCAAAAAAAAAAGAACUCUGGAAAGCAGGAAAUAAUUGACACAGCUUUACAAAUAUAGAUGCUCCACAUUUUGCAGCAAUAGAGAAUACCUAGCAUCUUUCUCAAGGUCAUGCAAGCACUUCUAAUGUCUAGCCUACAUGCAGUUAUAUUAAAUGUAUGUUGUGCCUAUAUAGUGGUUAGGAAGCUCAUAUAUCAGACGGUUGGCUGGCUGUGAUACAUGAAGCACUGCAGUCAAGAACACAAGUGCAUACUCAGCACUGAGAUUUUUUUCAAACUGAAUAUUAAAAUCAAAGUCGCUUCCAUUAGCUUUGCGAUGUGCUGAAUGCAGCCUUGCUCCGUUUGCCACAGGUUACGGUGUCCCUGAUCGUGGAUGAUAAAUGUUCAUAACAGAAAUAAUACAAGCAAGACCGCACGGUUGCUAGCUUGACAUUAGAAACAAUUUAAGCUCAACAGCCAAUCGUGUGAUGGUAAUGCAUACUAGGGGCGUUCAAUGGUGGUCUGCUGGUUUCUGUUUUGACAGUAUUAACAGCAAACCAAUUUAGAACCAAGAAAUCAGGUGAAGUGAGUUACCUGCACCUACAACCGGUCAAUCAAGUGCUGAGUUGCUACAAAAACUAGUAGACUAUGGACCAGAGUUGGACACCCCUGCUCUACAGUUUGAAAUGCCUAGCUAGUUCAUGACCCGAUCCACAUGCUAUAUGACACGGUCUCCCUUUGGGAAAAGUGUCUCUCAAAAUAAUGACAGUUGGAAAUACGAUGGCACUUGAGCGUGGAAUGGAUGCAUCACCAAUAUGUACGGACAUUAUAAAGACUAUUAAGGGUUUUAUUCAUCAGUCAGUCAUACUGUAUGUCAGUUUUCACAUACUGAGCCAUGUAAGAUGGAAUGUUCUGCCAGUGGAUGUCAUCGGGCCCUGCAUAUACCUCAGGUCAGGCUGCAGAUUCUGAAAAAAAAAAAUCACUCAACUGGCCCUGUUCUUCAGUGC